AUGGACUACAGGAACAACGUCACAGAAUUUAUUCUUUUAGGACUUUCCCAGACCAAGGAUGUAGAAGUUAUCUGCUUUUUGUUGUUUUUAAUUUGUUACAUUGCAAUUUUGUUUGGGAACGUACUUGUCAUGAUUUCCAUCACGUGUAGCCACCUUAUCAAUCAGCCCAUGUAUUUCUUCCUAAGCUACCUCUCACUAUCAGACCUGUGCUACACAUCCACUGUGACCCCCAAGCUGAUCAUUGACCUACUAGCAACAAGGAAGUCCAUUUCCUACAACUGCUGCAUGACACAGCUCUUCACUAUGCACUUCUUCGGGGGCAUUGAGGUCUUUAUCCUCACAGGGAUGGCCUAUGACCGCUAUGUGGCCAUCUGCAAGCCCCUGCACUACAGCGUCAUCAUGAACAGGCAGAGAUGUGAUGCCUUAAUUGCUGCUUCCUGUGCCGGGGGCUUUCUGCAUUCCUUUGGUCAGUUUCUCCUUGCCAUCUUCUUACCCUACUGUGGUCCAAAUGAAAUCGAUCACUACUUCUGUGAUGUGUAUCCUUUGCUCAAACUGGCCUGUACUGACACCAGCAAAAUUGGUUUCUUGGUUAUUGCUAACUCUGGCCUGAUGGGCUUGGUGACUUUCAUGGUUUUAUUGAUAUCAUAUGCUGUGAUCUUAUACACUGUUAGGUCGUACUCAGCAGUAAAUCGCCGCAGAGCUCUGUCUACAUGCAGUUCACACAUCACGGUGGUGGUCCUAUUUUUUGCUCCUUUACUGUUUAUUUACAUUCGACCAGCAACUACUUUACCCGAAGACAAAGUAUUUGCUCUCUUUUACACCAUCAUUGCCCCUAUGCUCAACCCUCUGAUUUACACACUCAGAAACAUGGAGAUGAAGAAUGCCAUCAAGCAACUGUGGAAACAUGUCAGAAGAAAUGAAGAAAGCAAGUUGAAAGGUACCACUGCCUUCCACCACCCAGCUUCUUGA